AUUUAGAGUUGUAAAUAUCAUAUUAUAUUCUUUGUAAUAUCGUAGUAUUCGUCUGAAUAGAUAUUGAAAACAAACAAAGAAAAAGGGAUAAUAAGAAAAAAAACAAAAAAAAAUCGAUAAAAAAUGACUAUCAGCAAAAACACCUGUUUUGAAAGAAAAAAGAAAAAAAAAAGUUUUCUUUUCUUUGUUCUUUUUUAUUUUUUUUACUGAAUCCAGUUUCGUUUGGUUUCGUUCCUCGAUGAAUACUUUGUUGAACGUGUUGUUUUCUUCGUAAGAGUUGUAGAGUGGCAUUUCAAAUUUCAAACGUCGUUGUUUUCUUUUUUAUUCAUUUCAUGAUGAUUGCAUGAUUCUUCUUGUUUCCUAGCUUGAAUGAUCAUCUUGUCUCUUUGUCUUUCUUACCUUACCUUACCAUACUACUUUUCUCUUCCCAUAUAGUAACAAAGUAUGCACAUCACAGUGGAUUGAAUUUAUCUCAAAGAAAGAGAGUUUUAUUUUUAUUUUUUAACUUGGUUUUUAUAUAUUGGUCUAUUUAUCCUUUAUAUAUUUUUAGGUGAUUCGUACAAGGAGGCAGACACGCACUAUUGAGUAUACGUAUUUCUGACUCAAAGCAAGAGAAAAAGUCAAUAAUGGAAACCAACAAUACUUUAAGCCGCACAUCUUCCUUUCAGCCACGCUCCUCUUCGACGGAAUUUGUCCGAUCGACGAAUUUGCUGGCGAAAACGACGUCAAUCCGUUCACUAGACAACUGGGAAUUUCAAAUUAUGCAUGCGUUGCAAGACAAUACGAGUCCUUCUGCCGUCCGAAGAAACAUGCGCAAACUCUUGAUCGAAUCUAUAUAGCUCAUGUUCGUUGCUGAUACGAUAAUUUCCCAAGAUUACUCUCUACGUAAAGGAAUUCCACGUUGUCACCAAGCCCUCUUUUCGCCAGAUUUUGUUCCAUACUUCAUUAAAGAAGAAAUUAGUUUGAGUUGAAUGCGUAUUGCUUGCACGGUUUCAUUCACAAAUCAUUGCACAAUGGUUGCAUCUAAAACAUCCUUCAAUGAUUAUACCUCGCGGCUCAGCCUAAUGCAUUAACCAGCAAUAUUCCUUGAAAGAAAAAGAAAAAUAAGGAUUUUUAUGGGAACCCUUUUUAUUUCUUUUUCUUUCAAUCUUCCAACAGAUCAAAGACAAGAGUAAGUGCAAAACCAAUUGGAUGGAAUGGAUUCAUAGGUUCCUUUUCCUUUGUUUAAAAUAUCAGAAGAAGUGAAAAAGAUACAAACUAUCUAUCUGCUUUGCUUUUGUUUCCAUAUCUCUCGAUUGCUUUCAUUUCUUCUUGUUUGGCAAUUGUCAUCGCUACUUGAAAGCAGUACAAUUGUCAGUUAGUAUGAAUCGUCUUUAUGAAGGCAUAUCUCGUAUUGUAAAGUAAUUAUAUUUAUAGUUUAUUUCUAAAUUCUCUCUACAUUAUAUGAGACUCACGUUCGUUGUAUCAAC